AUGGUUUCACAGUCACUUCUUCUGCUGUUCCCGGCGCUUGCGCUGGCGUCAAUCACCAUUGAGGAUCCCUCGGAUGUGAUUAAGCCCAGGUGGUGGACUAAGGACAAUGCACUCCUCGCAGAUUACGAUAUUGCGAUGAUCAGCUCUCAGCCGUCGGACAUCCAGGCUACCCACAAGUAUGACGGAUCUAGCUCCAGUGCUUCUGUCGACCAUGUUACCUGGUCUGCUACGGCCAAUGAUACUAGUGUGCUGCUUGUUGCCAAUGGCGCCGAGUUCAAUGGCUCGUAUAUCGACUUUAAGAAGAGUGGAUAUUCGACCAACCUGAACACGGCCAGUUUCUGGGGAUUCAAUGCCGCGAUCAACGUGGCCAAUGCAUCCACUGCCUACUUCGACAACGUCAAUGUCACUGUCCACAACGGAGCCGCUCAGAUCUACUCGUAUGGAACUGACACUGUUGUCCACGUCAACAACACUUGGCUGUACUCCUCUGGUCCUGUCAGCCACGGUCUUUACGCCUCUGGCAAUGGUACAAUUAUUGGCCACAACCUCCAGGUUUACUCUGGUGGCUACCGCUCGUCUAGCUUCUCCGGUGACUCUCCUGGCGGCUAUAUCUACGUUUACGACAGCGUUGCCCGCGCAGCUGGCAUUGGAUCAGCCACCUUCUACUCCCUUGGUCUGAUCGAUGCCCACAAUGUGGUCAGCGUUUCCGAAAAGGGCCCUGUUGUCUUCUCCGAUGGUGCUCAAACUACCAACCUGACCAACUGCGAUGCCACCGCAGGACUGUUGGGUGGAGUCGUGAUUUUCAGCAGCUCCACUCGUAGCAGUGGUGCUGAGCUGAACCUGGUCAACACCAAGUUCACUACCCUCGGCAAGACCGUGCCCGGUCUGUGGUUUGGCAACGUCAUCGCCAGUGCGAACUUGAACAACUUCCAGCUCAACACCGACUCUGGUAUCCUUGUGGUGGCCAACUACUCCCAGGUCACCCAGGACUUUGACUACUACGCCGACUACGAGGACAACAGCAGCCUGUCCCCCGCCGAGGUAACUUUGACCGUCACCGAGUCCGAUCUGGUGGGUGACUUGGUCGCCUACAACAAGAGCGUUAUCAGCUGGACUCUCAAAGACUACAGCACCUGGACUGGCUCUGCCUACUCUGGCUACGGAGAGGCGUACUUCGACGUCGCCCUGGACGCUACCAGCAACUGGACUCUGACCCGGGAUACCACCCUGCAGAACUUUACCGAUACACUGACCAGUCUGUCCAACAUUCACAGCAAUGGUCACAACAUCUACUAUAACUCGAGCCUGAAUAGCUGGUUGGGUGGUAAGACUGUUCGUCUGUCUGGUGGUGGUGUGGCGAAGCCAAUCUCUUCUUCUAACAGCCGUGUCCGUCGCGGGUUCACUGCGGGUCGCCGGCUGUAA